AGCUGUUCGUCACACACUUCCCCAGAGUUCAACCAACCAACUCCACCACCUCCUCCACCACAACCACCUCCUCCUCAACCACCUCAACUUCCACCAUGAUGAAGUUUGCCGUUCUCAUCUGCCUGGCCGGCCUUGCCGUCGCCGAGAAGCUCCCCGCCGCCCCCACCCCGCCCCCAGUCCUCAUCCUCCUCCAGCAGCAGCUGAACCCAGACGCCCUUGGUGCCCACAGCUCAAACUUCGAAGCUGACAACGGCAUCAAGGUCCAGCAGGCGGGCCGUGAGGGAUUAACCGGGGGCGCCAACAUUGAGGGCUCGUACAGCUUCCCUCUGGCUAACGGCGAACUGGCUACCGUGAACUUCGUGGCCGAUGAGGGUGGCUUCCGUCCCGACUCCUCCCUCCUCCCCGUGGCUCCCCUUCCCCUCCACCCCAUGCCCCAGCACGCCAUUGAGCAGAUCGAGAAGGCAAGGCUUGAGGACGAGGCCAAGGCGCGCGCUGAGGCUACCGGUGCCCCCGCUCAGUAAGAGGUUCAAGGGGUAACUCUCCUAGUCGACGUGCCAGAACCCAGACCUCAGAACUAUAGCCCGAUCUGAUGUUUCUUAUAAGUCUUUCUUUAUUUAUUGUACACACUUCCAAGUCUUUCUCUCGUGUAUUUAUUGGUGUGUUGUAUAAAGAUGUGAGUAUUAAAGAUUUCUAAGCAUA